AUAAAGAGGAAAGCGCGUCGUUUUGCCGACGUUUAAAACGUUUUGCUGAUCUCCUUACAUUGCUGACAGACUGGCAAACGAAACAGAAACGGUUAUAUUGUAGGAAUAUAUCUUGCCUCGUACCAUAGCGAUUUAUUUGAUCAAUGCCGAGCUGCAUGUUAAUUAUCAGCCAAUUUACCUGGUUAGCAAGAACGCUUGGCUUGGGUAAAUGAAUGUUUCUCUAGCGAUGCUUUAGUUAGCUCUAGCUGGAGCAUCUUGUCAGUAAGGACUAACUAACGCCAGUUACCCGUUCGCUUAACGUAAAUCAAUAAUGAAUGAUAGACUGUCUAGCUAGUUUUGUUGAAGAACAGGUUUGUUGUUCUUCUGCCAUGGUAGAUCAUUGUUUUCUGUUAUGCCGAAGGGGCGAAAAGUUUGCUAACUUUAACAUUUUUCUUUAUUUUCUGGAUUUGUUAUCUGGUAGAAUUAACAUUACCGAUAGCACACCGCUAAAUUGUGAAAUGACUCCUCAGGCUUACUUGACUGUCUUCCUAGAAAUCGUUGUGGGUGCUUUGUACGAUCAUGUCAUUAAUUUAUGAGUGUGCUUUUGUUACUGUAUUCACUUGUUAGCGAGCUAAUUCAAGCAGAACGUAAACCGGCAGCAGGCACAGGAUCGGUUGGUAUUAUGGCAUCCGGAAAGACCUGUCCAGAUUGUGGCUCAUCCAAUUUGGUGGACGACUCCUUAUACUCGCAGUGUCAGCUGGUGUGCGCAGACUGCGGGUCUGUGGUGUCUGAGGGCUUGCUUACCACAACUCGAAGCGAGGAAAUCCAGGGCACAGAUGUCAGAUACAGUGAAACCACAGUUGUAGUUAAACAGCCGUGCCGUAAUCAAAUUCAAGGUCUGAAGCGGGUGCGUGCGCUGUGUCGGAUCCUGCGGUUCCCCCGGGUCAUAGAGGAGACGGCGGAGAGCCUGUUCCAGCGAGCCUACGAGCACCCCGCUUUCCUCAAGGUGUCCCUCCAGAAGAAGGAGGUUCUCGGGGGCAGCUGCGUUCUGCUGAGCAGCCGGCAGCACAACUGGCCCGUUGCCAUGGGGACCAUCUACUCGCUGCUGGAGGCCAGUGAGCACGCCAUGGGCAUGGUGUACAAUGAGCUGGUGAAGAUCCUGAACGUGGAGGCCCCUUCCCACAGCAUCAUGGACCUGCUGCAGAGCCACUGCCACCAGUACAAGCUGAGCCCCGCGGAUGUGCCGGAGGUGUUCAGCGAGAGCGCGGCUCGGCUGGUGGAGCGCUCGGCUCAGCUGCUGGAGCUGGCGGCCGACACCUGGCUGGUGACGGGGCGGCACCCCGUGCACGUGCUGGCGGGCGUGGUCUACCUGGCCUGGCUCUCCCUGAAGCCCUGCAAGGCGCGGCUGGGCGUGCAGCUGGCCCGCUUCUGCAGGCUGGCCAAGGUGGGCCUGCCCGGCCGGGCGGCGCUGCGGGUGGGUGAGCUGAAGGAGGUCCUGUGCCAACUGGGCCGGGAGCUGCCCUGGCUGAGGGGCACGCCCGUGGAGCCGCGCACCGUCGCCACGGUGACCGCCGACAUCCUCGCGCACCGCGUCCUGCUGAUGAGGAAGGCCAUGCGGAGCUUCGAGCGCGAGCUGCAGCCAGACCCCGCCCCCGAGGGUCAAGCCUGCCCAGACCCCGCCCCCGAGGGUCAAGCCUGCCCAGACCCCGCCCCCGAGGGUCAAGCCUGCCCAGACCCCGCCCCCGAGGGUCAAGCCUGCCCAGACCCCGCCCCCGAGGGUCAAGCCUGCCCAGACCCCGCCCCCGAGGGUCAAGCCUGCCCAGACCCCGCCCCCGAGGGUCAAGCCUGCCCAGACCCCGUCCCCGAGCGCCAAGCCUGCCCAGACCCCGCCCCCGAGCGCCAAGCCUGCCCAGACCCCGCCCCCGAGCGCCAAGCCUGCCCAGACCCCGCCCCCGAGCGCCAAGCCUGCCCAGACCCCGCCCCCGAGCGCCAAGCCUGCCCAGAUCCCGCCCCCGAGCGCCAAGCCUGCCCAGACCCCGCCCCUGGGGAGAACGUCCCCAUUCCUGAUAGCAACUGGGCGAAAAGACACCUGUUUGUGCCCCCCUGUACCAGGAAACCCCGCAAAAAGAGGAGGGUGGAAGAGGUGGGCCCAGUGGUGACGGGGUACGAGGAGAUUUCGGACAGCGAGAUCGAGGGGUACCUGCGGACGCCGCAGGAAAUGGAGGAGUUUGCCGAGUUGCAGAGGAGACUGAUGUCUGCUGAUAAGUGACUCACGUGCAUCUCCUGGGAGAUGUCACACGCCCUGUUCAUACAGGUCAUGAUGCUCACCUGAGGGACAAUGACGGCAGGACUGUCCGGUUCCUGGCUUUUUCUUCAACUCUCUAGACCAGUGGUGAAAGCCCUGUUCCUGGGGAUCUAGCGUCCUGUAGGCUUUCACUCCAACCCUAACAAAGCACACCUCAUUCACAGCUAGUGAUCUUUGCAGAAACGGCCUGCAGUGUUCCAGUCUUCGACCAGUCGCGCUCUGUUCUGAAUAAGUCUGACUCAGAGACUUCUCUUCUCACUUUAAUUUGCUAACAUUUGCUGUUAAGGCACAUAAUUGUGUUCAGUUUGUUAAUUGAAGCUUGAUUUCCGACGUGUUUCUGCCUUGAAUUUCCCCCUUUACAUUAAAUUAUUGAUUUUCAGGGCAUUGCUAA